GGAAAGGGUAAGACAGGGGUGGUGCAAAAGGAGAGGGGUGAGGUAGAGUGCGUGUUAUGGUUGCCGAAUGACAGGUUGAUGUGUACAAACAUCCGAACAAUCUUAAUUGCAAUUUAUCUCACAAAGUUGCGUUAAAAUCGAAGAUAAUAGUAUGGUUCAUGAAUUUCAUGUAGUUUCGAUAUGUUGCUUAGUGUUCUGGUAGUGCAGAAAACAGCUCUUUUUCUGAAAAACCACAAACAAAAUCACACUUUGACAUGGAUGCCUCUUCUAUUGUAUCAAAAGAGCUGGCAAUCCCCAAGAAAUAUAUCAAAACCACCUCACGACAAGAUCGUGUUUUGACCGUCGUGCACCGAUUAUGGUUGAAGUCCCUUUUGAGAUCCCAUCAACUUUCAGAUUUCAUUUAUCAUGAUACAUUAAAUCAAGAUGAAGUGGCAGUUUCCCUGCAUCAAGCAGAAGAAUUUGAACCCUGGUGGCAAAAAAUUUUUAUUAGGGUGUUCAAAAAGGAAGAAGAUGAAGUUCUAUCUCUACCAAGAACUAGAGUAGAAAGUAUCAGAACAGAAAAUCCACUCUCGUAUACACAUCUUCUUGCUUAUAUAUCUCAAACAAAUUACAAAAAUUUGUGGAAAAAUGUUUUCAAGAAACAUCAAAGCAUGUAUGCCAAUGGACUUUCAAGUGAAUAUGAAAGUAAACAUCAUCUGCCUCCAGUUGAUCAUGAUUCAGUUUUAAGAGAAAUUAUUUUACGUAUGUUUGGAUGUCCUAUAAUAUCUUUAAAUGUGAACAAAGCAGAAAUACAAGCAUCAAGCAGGAACACAAGAGCCUAUGAAGUUCAUUCAAACAUUUUACCUGCACUAUGUGCUAUUGAAACUGAACAUUAUAUUCUCCUUGUGCAACACCCUUUUAUCAGUCACUCACUGCAAGAUUGUGUCACAUUCAGCCCAGCUAUUCUUAGUACGUCACAUUUGAAACCCUUAUUUAUUAUAUACCAAUUGCUUCAAGCUAUGAGAUGUCUCCAUGACAGAGGCUUAGUUUUAGGAGAUAUCACUUUGAGUGAUGUGCUGGUAACUGACAAUUUUUGGAUCAAGGUCAUUCCUCAACUCUCACGCAACAUACAUUCCACAGCUAAAAGUAAACUUGAUGAUUCUUUUGAUAUAAAUUACUUUAACAAAAAAGGGGACCAAAGCAAAAGAAGCAAAAUGUCAAAGACAAAAAAUUGUAAAAAUUGUUUUUCCAAAAGUAGUAUGUCAUACAGACAAGCUGCAUCUUUUCAUGAAAUAUCAGCAAGUAAAUUUUGUGUCAUCUGUUCAGAAGCAAAUAAUAGUUCUGAAGACAUGAAAAUCGAUGUUAAAACUGAAGUUAAAAAUUUACAGAGUGAAAACUUGGAAAGUACAGAUCCACGUUUAAAUACAAAUGUUUCAGCCAACAAUUUAGAAUAUUUAUGUGAAUUGUGGGCUAAAGGACAGAUGUCUAAUUUCAAAUAUUUAAUGGCUUUGAAUCAACUUGCUGGACGAAGAUUUGGUGAUCCUACAUGUCAUUACGUGAUGCCUUGGGUAACUGACUUUACCUUACGUAAUGGAGGAAAUUGGAGAGACUUAACACGAUCAAAGUUUCGCUUAAAUAAAGGGGAUAGGCAACUUGAUCUCACUUAUGACACUGCACCAGGUUCAUCGCAGGUACCUCAUCAUGUAUCAGAUGUUUUAUCGGAAAUAACAUAUUAUGUGUACAUGGCAAGACGCACACCUCAAUCAGUUCUGUGCAAAUAUGUUCGAACAAAAUGGGUUCCUGCUGAAUAUCCCUCAUCUAUUCAAAGACUUCAAGAAUGGACUCCUGAUGAAUGUAUUCCUGAGUUCUUCACAGAUCCGACAGUUUUUAAAUCUGUUCAUGAAGAUUUGCCUGAUCUGGAGGUGCCUUCAUGGGCUUCAUCUACUCAAGACUUUAUCGAAAAGCAUCAAGAAGCUCUUGAAAGUUGUUAUGUUUCUGAACGGCUUCAUCAUUGGAUCGACCUAACAUUUGGAUAUAAGUUGUCUGGAAGUGCUGCUAUUAAGUCCAAAAAUGUGUGCCUUCAACUGGUGGAUAGCCACACUUCAUUAAGAAAUACAGGAGUUGUGCAGCUGUUUAUACAGCCUCAUCCACAACGUCCUGGUUUUUCUCCAUACUGGAGUGUGCUAGCACCAAAAAUUCAACCUAUCCGAAAAGAAAGAAAAAAAACAGGUGAACGAUCCAGUGAAGACGAAGGUCAUAGUUCUGGUUUUGAGGAGGAAGAACAAGGAGCAUCACCAAAUCUUUCUCGUUCCUCACCAUUAGCUCUAAGUCGCCUUCUCAUAAAGUACAUUCCUCCAUUUGCUGUGUUGGAAGAGAAAGAUAGAGUAGAUCAAAAACCUAGUAGUUCUACAGUAAAUGGUGGAUCUACUAUUGUUUUACCUAGAGAUUACAAUCCAAUUGCUGCACUUCAGAAUGUUGAAUCUUUAUAUGGUUUUCUGGGAAGAACAUUUUGCCAUAAAACACAAAGUACUUCUAAACAUUCUGAUCAUCAUAACAGAGAAGAUCAUAAAAAAAAUGUUACUCACUCUCGUUCACUUGAUAUGAAGGUUCUUGGUUGCUUGAUAGUUGAGCUUCUUAUGGCAUCAAAACUUCGAGCUUUUGGAAGUCAUACGUACCUUUCAUUUGAAGAACGUUUGCAUGCUUGUAGAUCAGUUUUGGCAUAUUCCAGUGAUAGUUUGCCACGUUAUGCAAAGUACGCUGUGUCUUUGCUGUUGCAAGUAGACAUUAAUUCAGGUUUUAGUAUUCUCGAUUCACCACAUUUUCCUCCAGGAAAGUUAACUCCUCUGAAUGGUCAUUCAUAUGUUGUAACAGAUAAAGGUUUACCUCUACCAUCUGCUCAUCAAAUGCUUCAGCCACUUUUGUGCUCUGCUGUGUUCCCUUUUCCCAGAUUCUUCUCAGGAAUAUAUACUCUUCUUCAAAAGUUCCAUGAUUACACAUCAAUUACUCGUGAACUCAAAUUUCUAAACUCUCUUGACGCAACUGCUACAUCUAAAGAUUUGGGAAGUGAUUCGUCAAUUAAAAUUGCAUUGUUCAAUUCCAAAGUUGGAGAGUUGAAAGUGAAAACUGCCUGUGAAGAGCUUGGAAUUUUGUUGCCAGAAAUACAGGCCUCUGGAUCAUAUGAAAGCAUUGAAUUAAUUCUACCGUACAUAAAGGAGCUGCUUGAGGAUUCUUGCACAUCUAUAUCAGCUGCUUGGUAUCUCUUUGACCCAAUUGCCAAAGUACUAGGUCCCCAUAAAACAUGUUCUGUAUUACUGGAGUCUAUUGUCAAAUUAUAUGAAUACGGUUCAGAAGACCAAUGUGUGACAGGAAGUGCCAAUAAACAUGUCAAAUUAUAUCAUCGAAGCUUCUUGUUGCAACUAAUUGUUCGCCUAGGUUUGAAAACUUUCCUUGAAAAUUUCAUUACACCAUUAGUGGAAGCAGUUGGAGGAUACCGAGAAGUAAAUUCAACAGAACAUGGAUUUACUCAACAGCAAGCAGAAUUUAGGAGUAAAACUUCAAAUCUGAAGACAUGUGAUCUGGAAGAAGUUGUACCUGUAGGAACAUUGUCUCCCUUGGAUGAAGACUCUUCUGGAGAUUCGGAAAAUAAACCUUGUAACAGCGAAGAAGACAAUAAGAAACCUAUAGAACAAGACCAAGAUGCGGACUUAGAACCUGAGGUUUUUGUGUUUGAGUCAGAAGAUGUAGGUAGGCAGUCACCUGUUGGAGAUAGUGAUGCACCAUUGUACAAUUUAAUGGAUCAUUUGGACCUUAAUCUUCCUCAACCUUCUGGUGAUGGAGAAGAUAAUGCAUCACUGGAGCUACCUGAGGGCACUGUUUGUGAUGAAAUUCAUACUCCGGAGACUUCUUCAAAAUUGCCGGAAGAUGAUGCAGUCAAAGAUCACAGAGAUGAAAAAAUCAAGAAGCCAAUGGGCCAGUACAAAGUAUCAGACAUGAGUGCUGAUUCAUUACUCUGGCUUUCUCAUCGACUAGGACCAGUUCUUACAUCAAGACAUCUAUCUAGAAAUUUGCUUAGAAUGUUAACUUUGUGUUACCUAGGAAAAGAAAAUUUAAGCCCUCUCUCAAGCGGCAAUUCAGUAGAAAACCAUGAUUCUGGUGACAUUUUGAACAUAGCUAAUGGAAAUGUGAUUGGUGACAAAAAUGCUCAGAAGGUCCUUGAGUGUUUAACAUCAAUUGCAGGACUUUAUGGUGAGCAGCUAAUUGUGCUGCAGUAUUUGCCUCAUAUGGGAGAAUUGAUUGCUUUAUGCAAAAGAAAGUUAACAGCUAACUUGGAAGGAGGACUAGUUGGGUGUCUUGCACUACUUCGAUACAUAAUUCCAUAUCUCUCUGAUGCUACUUUAAUGGACCAGUUGCAAGAUGUUGUUCUAAAAACAAUUUUAAACCCUGCAGUACGUCUUGUUUCCACAACACGUUUUAUUUUCCCUUCAGGAUAUUUAGCCAGAGCCGCAGUAGCUAGUAAAUUUGUUGAUGCAGUGUACAUAUUGGCCUUGCGAAUUGGAUGUGAAAUGACUCGAAAGAACUUAGCUAUUCCUUCUCUUCAGAGAUUCUUUCUUGCAUUUGAUAAGGCUCAUGGAAGGAAAAAAAAUGAAGAAGUGAGCCACAUGAGUCGAAGUGUGGACAGCAAAAAAGAAAGCCCCAAUAUCUCAAAAUCACUGGAAGAUUAUAAUUUUUUGGAAAUUCGUCGUGAUGGCACCACUGCUGAAUGGACUGUCAAAGGAACACCAUUGCAGAUUACACAUGCCAGGCUUCGUGAUAGUGACUCAGCUGAUUCAUAUUCCCCUCCUUUGGGAAUGGGAUCUGAAGGAGAUCAUGAUCAAACUAGGAAUCGGGCUAUUGAAGAAUUGAAGAGUACUUUUACGCCUGAAUUGGCUCACAAAUCAUACGUGUCAUUUUUACGUUAUCUUGGAGAACAAGUAAUGGAACAGUCACUAAAGAAUGAGGAUUUUAUUAAAGAUUUGUGCUUUGAAUAUGAGCAAGAGCGACAACAGUCUACAUCUGGAGGUCCUAUAAAUCUUCAAUAUUUGUCUGACUAUUUGACCCCUACAUGUCAUGCUGAUUUUGAUAGAGGUUCUGGAAGUUUUGGAAGCAAUGUUUCUGUUGUUGGCAACAGAAUUGAUUUGCAGAGAGUAGAUGUGCCAUCAGUUAUUCCACCAUCUUCAUCUGAAGAAUUUAUGGCACUCAUUAGUAGAAAAAUGGAAAAUACAAAAAGACAUCUGCGAGGCAACUGGUUGGCAUAUUGGGAACAUGAAAUAGGGCGUGCUGAAAAAGACACACGUUUCAACUUCAAGCAAAUUAAACUGCAGACAUUUUCUGGACAUAGCAAUAGUGUCAGAAUGAUUCAAGCCCUUGACAAUGAAAACAGUUUCAUUAGUGGAAGCCGUGACAAGACUGUGAAAUUAUGGUCCCUCAGAAGUGAGGGCGAUGGGAAUUCUGUUUCACACUGUCAGUGGACUUACACAGGUCAUCGUAAAUCCGUAAUGGCAAUAUCAUUUCUUGAAUCUCUUCGUCUGGCCGCAUCUUGUGAUUCAGUUGUACAUUUAUGGGAUCCAUUCAUUGGUGGUGUUCUGGGGCAAUUAGAUUCUUCUCGUAGCCCUCCUAUAAAUGUUUUGAAAGCAAUGCCACCUCCAAGCACAUGUCUUUUGGCAUCCACUACUGAUGCUACAUUACGUAUCAUAGAUGGCCGGACAUGCAGUUUCAUUAAUGAACUGAAGGUUUCUAUGAAUCCUGCUGGCCUUAUUCGUUGCAUAGCUGUAGGUCCAGAAGGACACUGGGUGGCAGUGGGACAGUCUUCUGGAACCUUAACUAUUCUUGAUAUACGUACUGGCCUAAUUAUGUCUUCAUGGAAAGGACAUGAAGGAGAAGUAGGCCCAGCGGAACCAGUUCAUUGUUUGAACUGCUACCAUUCAGAAUUGAUUUCAGGAACUACAGCCAGUCGAAUUGGAGUCCAUACAGCAAUCGAUGCAGAAGCAUCAUUUUCAUCCACUAGAUUAAGAUCUGAUACCUUUAAAGGAGUCCUUACUUCAAUGGCUGUUCUCCCUCUUAAUAGAUUACUAUUGUUGGGUUCUGAUAAUGGUAACAUCAGCCUUCUCUGUUGAUUCAGAACACAUUCAGUGUACCUGAUUAUUCUUUUCACAUCUGACUAUUUUGCUGUGUAUAUAUAUAUGAAGACAAUGACUGGUAUAUUGCAUUGAAUUAUGCAUAAGUGUUAUAGCAUAUUUGCUCAGAGGAAGGCUGUGCUGUAAUUCUGAGUAUUGAAACUAUUUUCAUUUUUUACAUUCAUACAAUUUUCUCUUUAAGAGCUUUCAGAUAAUUAUAUUUUACGAUAGGGUUCGCUGCAGGUUAUAAUGUUUGUUAUGUUUAUUUAUAAAAGUUUGCUGCAUCAAUGUGUGUGUGUGCUGUUUAUAUGUUAUGUUGAUGUCUUUACACUAUUGAAAUUGUGCUGUGUCAGAAGAGGCAAAUAUCUGUGAUGUAUUUUGUACAAAACUCGUAUGAAUAUUUUGCUACAUCUAAUGUAUUUUAUAAUGUUGCAAAUAUAAAAUACAGAUUUCUGCAAUUCACUCAUUGCAGAAUAUUAAUUAUAUCCAUUACUUAUGUGUGUCCUAUGAUGUGGAGAAUGCAAAAGGAUAUUUACAUAGAAAUGCUGCUUAUAGAUACAUAUCGUAUGAGAUUCCAAUGAUAGAAGGAUGUUUUCUUGUAUUAUCUACUUAUUCAUUUCAUGGAUAGUCAUUACCUCUAUAUUAAAAUUUACUGACAUGUUUAAUAAUUAAUAUAGAGGAACCUUUUGAAGAAAUUAUUUUAAACUGAGUGUAAUAAUGCUUACCAAGGACAUUGAAAUUAUGUAAAUGAGAUAAUAGUGUGUGAUGUGUAUUAUUUUUAAUUCCGUAAUACUAAUAUUCUCUUUUUUACCUAGUCAUAUUUCAGCUAAUGUUUUUUGAAUUUCUUUUUUUAACUAAUUUUACUAGCAAGCAUCUGUUUCUGUGAUGAUUCGUAGAAAAUGUUUGUGAUUUGUUAUUUUAGUAGUUAAAUAGCAUGUAUUGGAGAGCAUCAAGGUCUCCUAAGUAAGAAAAUAUUCUGCUUUCUAAAAAUAUUUUUUUGAAAAUAUAGUGGUUCCUCUAUGCUAAUUACUAAUAAAAAUAUUAUAUUCAGUUCAUCAAACAUGAGUAUUGGAAAAUAAUCAUGUCAUCAUAAUGAAUGUAUUAUAAUAUUUUUCAGGAUUAUAUUAUUAACAACAAUAAAAUAUUACUUUCGAUUGGCAUUAAAAUGUUGAUCAAUGUAACAUCUCCAUGUAUUCUUGAAUAAUCAUGUAUAACAUGUGAUAUUGAUAUAAUUUAUUAUAUUGUGCUAUAUAAUUUUGUGGAUAUGAAAAAAAAAUGUCUUGAGAAACUUGGAAAUUUGUAAAAUACUAAUUAAUGCCUAUGCACAAAUACUACUGUAAUGAAAGAUUUAUGGUGAUCUGAAUUCUCAGGAUUCUUUAUUCUUCUUCAAAAUUUAAGUUUAAUUAUUCUUGGGAAAAUCUUUAGUUGGAGACUAUAAUGAACCUCCCUGAAUUGUAAGUAAUGUAAAAAUACUCAUAAAAGAUCAAUGGAAUUAAGUUAUUUUGUUUUUUAUUAAUUUCCAAAAUAUUAUAAUUCUAAAAUUAACAAAAUUAAAUUUUCAGAGAUUUUUUAUCCUGACACUAUUACACCUAAAUAAAAUGUUUUUUUUCCAUUUGUAGAACAAAUCCUGAAUGUGCAUAUUUUGAACACAACUAAUAACAAGAUGUGACUGAUAGUUAAUGCCCAAUUAAUUUCAUUUGGAGCCCAAUUAAUAUCGCAUCUAUUCUUGCCAUAGUCUUGUAUUAGCUCUUGGCUCUUAUUCAAGGGUGAAGUGUUGUUCAUAUUUUGUUUGUAUUUAUUUUGUAAUUUUUUUUUAAUCAAAUCAUCUUGUCCUUUGAAUGCUUGUUUGUGAGUGAAUGGAAUUGUACUUGAGGAAGGGUGAAUCCAAAACAUUCCAUAUUUCAUAUUAAUUCAAAAUCCCAUAAGUAUUUCAUAUAUAAAUUUCAGUAUUAAAUGAAGUCUGAAUUUAUCUACUUAUUUUAUGUAUUGAUUAGUUUUUGACUUUUGUAAAUAUAUUUAGUAGUUAGUUUACCUGAUGCAUGCCUAAAAUGUCUAAUACUAAUGUGUUGGUCAAAUUCUCUUUAAAAAGAACCUUUGUGUUGUGUAUUGAUAAUACUAUAAAAUAAUGUUAGAACAAUUAUAUCAGUAUUUAUUUCAUACAGUGUUUUAUGUGUGACUCUUUAUGUACACAAUGUACAAGUUAGUCAUAUUUUAGUUGUAAUAUUCUCAUUAGAAAAUGGUAAUUAAUGGGUCUUCUAAAUACAGCCAAUCUAUUGGAAAAUGUUUUAGAAAAGAUGCUGUAGUGCAGCUUCAGAUUUAGGAGGAAUACAUCUUUACAGGUUAAAUAGUUCACUCCUGGUGCAUGAAAGUCAUUUGUUUGUUUAGAUAAUAUAUUCUCUAGUCACUUGAGGGUGCAUGAUUAAGUUAAUUUCUGAAUGUUAUUUUUGUAUGGUGAGAUUGUCAAAGACCUUCUAUAAUUUUUGUAUUCUAGAGAAGAAACCUGGUUGAUUCACCAUUUUAGAGCAUUUUUUUUCUGACAAAAUAUGGUGAAGCAAAAUGUUCAUUUCAGAAUUUCAUUGAAAAACGAAUUUAUUGCUUUGUUUUCUCACUGUGCAAAAAUUUAAAAAACGUGUUAUCCCUGUUCUUAAGAAAAAUGUAAUGAUUUUACUAUAUAAUGGGGAGUUAUGAUGCUAGUUUUAGAAAGAGUUAAUGUCUAUUAUAUUUCUUUGUGCAUAUGUAAAGAAGUUAAAUCUGUACAUGUUUUAAAGAAAGUGAACAAUAAAUUUACACAAUUUACACAAGUUGUGUUCGUGGGCAACUUUUAGAUUGGUUUUGAAAUACCACAACUGCUUUAUUUAAAUAAUUCAUUCCCACUUGUCUUUUUAAAUAAACUUCACAAUUGUAUUUUGUAAAAUGAACUGAAAAUUAGUGCAUAAUUAUUAUUAAUUCUUUCUCAAUUGUUGCAUGGCAUUAGUAAUGAUAG